CGCUUUCCCUCUGCACGGUAAAUAUGGAUACUUUUGAGGAGGACUUAACUUGUUCCAUAUGUUACUCUAUCUUUGAAGACCCUCGCGUGUUGCCUUGUUCUCACACUUUUUGCAGACCUUGUUUGGAGAAUAUUAUCCAUGAAUCAGGAAAUUUCUCCAUUUGGCGAUCUCCACAUCCAUUGAAAUGUCCAACUUGUAGGAGUAUUGUGGAUCUUCCUCCAGUGGGUGCUGGCUCUUUACCUAUAAACUUUUCACUGAUGGGAAUUAUAGAGAAAUAUCAGAAAGAAGAACAGCCAAAGAUUCCUAACUGCCCUGAGCACAAGCAGCCAUUAAACAUGUUCUGCCUGUUAGACCGUAAAUUGGUGUGCGGUUAUUGCUUAACACUGGGCCAGCAUCAAAGGCAUUCUGUUGAUGAUCUCCAGAAUGCUUAUGUUAAAGAAAAGGAGAAAGCUAGCAAACUUGUUGACCAGCUAACUGAUAAACGCUGGGCAGAGUUAUCCAUUUUCAUUGAAAAAUUGGAGCAUGAGAAAUUGCAAGCAGAACAUAUCCUACAAGGUGAUAAAGUAGUCAUCCAGUAUUUUGAGGAUCUUCAAAAAACUAUAGAAGCCAAGAAGCAUGCUUUGGCAAUUUUAUAUGAGGUCAAUUUAAAAAUCACUAAUGAAUAUGGUCCCAGUUAUUCAGAAAUGAAAGAAUUAAAGGAAGAACCACAACUGAUAACAUUUAGCACAUGUGUAGAAGAGGAAGGAUCCCUGAUGUACCUUGAGAAAAUUCACACAUUCCGUCAGAGGAUGAGUACAUUGAUAACAACACAGCUUCCAGUCAUUCACCCACUGAAUAUACACCCACAAGCUGGGCAAUUUCUGACUGAGAAAUGGUCAAAGGUCACAGUUGGCCAUAUUAAUGAAGCACCAAUUCUGCAAGCAAAACAAUUUUUGGAAACUCCGUGGAAUAAGCAUAUUGCCAUGUUUAUCAAGCAAACAAAAGGGUCUUCUCAAAGAUUUAUAAUUGCAGUUGUAUUUUUAGCCCUGUUAUUCUUCUUAACCCAAAUCUCUCAGAGCAUUUUGUUCAAGAAUUACUGUGUUGAUGUUCUUAAAUGCUGUAGUUUUCAAUUUUCCACAGCUGAGCAUGUUAAGUGA